UUUUUUAUUACUUUCCUUUCGAUUGCCAUAGAAACGUAAUAUCCUAUAUUGAAUGCGGAAAUACCCCUAUAAUAAACCAUUUUCCAAAAAGCCUUCAUAAAAAAGUACCAGAAACACAUUUUAUGGUUAAAAGUUAAUGAUGAGAAAGAAUUGUGACUCGGAAAAGAAAAGUUUAAGAGUCAUAAUAUGUACUUAUAUAAUAAAAACUACGUGCCACAGAUGCAACAGAGACGGAAGUGAACUCGUGGGAGUCAUGCGAGUAUUUGCCAUUUGCAGGGAAUCAACUACAAAAACAACUAAUUGAAUGUAUAAAAACAAAAAUUUCCACUUAUGACUACGCUCAAGCAUAUGUAUUAGUAUGUGGAGUAUGCCAAUAAGUUAAUUGGUGCAAAAGAUAAUGUGACAUAUAAACACACAAAUACACAGUGGCAGAGCUAACUGUAAUUUAUUAUUAUUUACUUUGCUUGUAGCAAACGAGAUUAUGCUGUUGACCGCAUAUCCAGCGAAAUUUGUGAGUUUCAAUAUGUAUGUAAGCAAUUGCUUUUAAACGGUAGAUUGAUGUUUGUAUGUCGAAAUUAAACUCAACCAGUCACUCAAGCAAUUCAUUAAUAAGCGACAUAAUCUCAUAGUUGGCAUUACAGGAACACAAUUCAACCAGGCAUGCGCCCAAAUUCAAGUUAAACUAUAUAAACAAAGUAGCGAGACGACAAAUGGAAAAAUAAAGAAAAUUUUACAACAACAAAGCGCGCACAUGACUUUCCACUUGUUGUCGUAGCAAUUUGUUGCACAUUAGAUGGCUAUAUAAGGACGAGGGUGAUUACAUAAAUACUACUAAUGGACUGAUGUCAAAUUAGGAGCAUGGAUUCUCGACAGGACACACCUAAAAAAUAUUUUCUUGAAAUAUUAGUCCAAAAAUAUUACUGUGGGUCUGAAGAAUUGUUUAAUUCCGAAUCUACAAUCAUUAUAAACUCCACGAGGAUUAUAUAUACCCAAGACCAAAGGAAAAUAUAGCGAAGCUGACCAAAAUUGGCAAAAUGGCGACCGAAAGACCAUUUUCCAGGAAGACACUUAGAAAGACACCAAGACAACAAGAAAUUAAGAGAAACCUAUCACAUAAAACCAUUCUGAGCUUCUCUCUUGUUUUCCAAUUUGAAGAAUAUAGUCGAUGAAUAUGUAUUUGCUGCGAGGCUUUUUACACAUUUUCUAACGGAAUUUUUCUUCAAAUUAUACACUGACUAAUCAAACCAACCUAGUAUAAACAAAGACAGUUAACCGCGCUUGAGUGACGCCUGUGAAAAGGGGCUGCAUAUAAACAAGUAUAUGAAGAAAUGUGUAACACUUCCUUGAAACAAUUUUCUUAUUGUCAGCGACAACAAAAAACGAAUAACUAAAUAACCAGUUGCCAUAGCAUGCCAUGGCCAAGAGCAGUAAGCAAGCAGGCAAGCAAUAAUACCGGCAUUGACAACAGCCGAAAAUACCGUUAUUUAGUCAAUAUCAACAUUUCAUUGGAGAUUUCUUGAAUGGAAAAGAAAGUUACUUUCUUAAAGAUUUACUAAAAAUUAAUUGAAUAUUCUUUAAAAACAAACUCUACAAAAUGAGUGCUGCUUCCAGAGCUUCCGGUUCGGAUGACGAGCCCUUGGUGCCGGAAGAUUUCGACGAUGACUUCUAUGCGAAUUUAAUGGACAAAGUGCCAGAUAUAACCAAAGCGCUGCGUCAGAAGGACACCCACAAUAAUGCGGAUAAUGUGCAGCGCAUGGUGAUUUGCUCCAAUCGCUAUAAGUCCGACUGGCAUAUGGAACAGCUGCACUGUCAAGAGCUCUGCGAUGAGAUCAAACAUUUGAAAGAACGACUGGAACAUGUGAAUAAACUGAGUCAAAUGGAUCAGGCGACGAUGGCUGAGUUGCGUACCGUUAUCGAAAGUGCCUGGAUGCAAAAGGACGCCGCACAAUCACGUGAGCAGGCCGCCCAAGAUGAGAUGCUGAAGAUGAGAGAAAAAGUAGAUACGCUGGAGCAAAUGGUGGAGCAUUUGAGCGAUAAGCGUUCGGGACUGCAGAGCAAACGCGACGAACAGAAGGAGCGCGAUAAACUCAAUAAUGAGAUUCGUGAUCUCAAUAAACGUAUGCAAAUACAGCGCCUUUAUACCGCCGAAGUGGAAGCGAUGACGCAAACGCUGGAGGAAAAGAAUAAAGCCUUGGUCAAACUGCUUGAUGAAACAUCCAACGAGUCCUACAAUAACCGCAAACGCUUGGAUGCAUUAGAGAAGGAACUCGCACAAACUCGCAGUGAGGAGGCCAAAGCCAAAGAGAAAAUCUUACAAAUCAAAGUGCACAAUGAACAGUUAACCAAAAUGAAAGUGCGACAAAAUCUACAAAUACUCUCAUUGAAGACCAAUCUAGAGCAUCUACAGACGCAACACAACACUGUCAGCAACAAAUUGGCGAAAACCGUAGUCGAACUCGAGUAUGCGAUACAGGACCGCAAUGAGAACAAGCGAGCGCUGGCACAACGCAUCAGCCUGCUGAAGAUGCGUGAGGAUGAAAUUAUCAAGCUGAAGCGCGAUAAUGCAAAACUGCUCAAAACUGAGGAGAACACAACGCGGAAAUAUGCGGCGCUGAAUGAUGCGCGCCUCAAAGCCGAGGAGGAGAAUGUGCGCUUAAAAAAUCAGCUGAGCACACAGGAUAAGGAGUUAGAAUCAAUGCGACGCAUUGUGCAUCAAUUCGAGAAGAACAACGAACAUCUCAUCAAGGAACGAGACAGCCUGAAGAGUGACUUAUUUGUGGAACAUCAGACGGUCGAACAAACAGACGAACAGUUCCAGGAAUCACAACAUGCAAUAAAAUCGCUUAAAGAAACAAUACAUACCUUGGAAGUACGUCAGAAGAAACUGCAAGACGACCAUGCGAAAUUAAAGAAAGAGCAAGCGAAAAAAGUGGAUGAAAUACAACAUUUGGUGGAUAAAAUCGAUGCGCUGCAAAAUGAAAUACAGCUUAAAGAAAACUGCGAGAUCGAGCUUAAGCGCACUAUUACCGAUCUCGAACAGAAGGCUAUCAAUCUGCAACGCCAGCACGAUGCAUUGUUAAAUGAGAAAAGCAGUUUCGUACGAAAUCUACAAGCCUCUGACGAUAAACAUACCAAGCUGGAGAAACAAAUCGUCAAACUGCAAGAAAUCAUCGAGAACUACAAGAAUAAAGUCACAAUCCGCGACGGCGAUAUCGGACGACUGCAGCUUCAAAUCGACAAACUCGAGAAAGAGCGUCGAUUGCUCAAGACCGAGGUACGUUACUCCCAGCUUGGACAUCAACACACACGCUGUGAAUUGCAGGAGCGCAAGAAAGAAUGUGACAAGUACUCGAAGUCGCUACAGGAAGACAACCAAAAAUUAUCACAGCUCAAGCGUGAAAUCGAUCAUCUGCGAGAUGAAAAGAACACGGUUUCGGCGGCACUAACCAAAUGCAAUGAAGAGAGCGUGCAGUUAAAGGAUCAGCUACAAACGCUUCAAAUAGCUUACGAUCAAUCGGAGAAGCACUACGCACAGAGCCAAGAGGAUAUACGACUGAUGCGCGUGGAAAUCAAGAAUCUGCGUACCGAACGUAAUGUCUUGCGUAAAGAUCGUGAGAAUUCGGCUGAUUUGCGACAAGAACUACUACAAAUGCACCGGCUGCUCAAUCAGGAGCGCAUCAAAGCGCGCGCCAUGCAGGAAGAGAUGAUGACACCGAUGAAUAUACAUCGUUGGCGCAGUCUUAAGGGACGUGAUCCUGAAAAAAUGGAUCUCAUAUUUAAAAUACAAACUUUAAGAAAACAAAUUCUGCAACAAAACGUAUCUGCGCUGCAACAAGAGCAGGCGCUGGAGGAAUCACAGCGUCUAUAUGAGGCUUUGAAAGAGUUCAUGCUCAAAUUGCCGAGCCAUAAAGUACGCGCUGAGCUGAACAAUGUGAAGGCUACUUUAUCUGGCAAAGAACGCAAACUGAAAGCGCUCAUGGCCGAGCUGCACGUAAAGGAUUUGGAUGAGAAGAAUAAUACACAAAAGUUGGACGAACUGAAGUUGCGUCUCACCGAUGCCAAAUCGCAGCUUAAUCAGGAACGUAGACAAAAGCAAAAACUACUCGAAGAACAUCAGCUUCUGGUACAAAUGCAGGCUCAAUGCUUCUCCGCACCGCCAACAAUGCAACGCACUCUCGGCGCUGGCUUUAAACUGCUCAGUGGAGUGUGAGCGGACGCAUAGGAAUUGCUUAGAAACUGUUUUCGUAUUUGAAAACUAUUUAAUAAAUAUUAAGGUUUCUCACAUUUUAGAAAUGAAAACAAAACAUAAAUUAAGGGCUAGUGGACUUGAUCAACGCUUAAGGGUAGUUCAUAAUAUUUCAUAGAUUGGAGGUUCCAAGCUGAGCCCAACCUAUUUGAAAACAUUUUGUCCUAGGCAGAUAUAAUAUGGGAAAAGUUUGUGAAAAUAUUUGGAAAAGUCGAACAAAAAUAGAUAUCUACAUCCAAAAGUUCACGAAAUACUGAAGAGUAUCCAACGGAUCUUCGGAACCAAAUUACUUUGAAUAGAUUAAGAUUUGAGAACUUUGAAUGUUGCUCUUAAUC